CAGGCGUGGUAGGGGCAGCCGGGCCGAGGGACCAGUGACAGAAAGCAGCGGAGCGGCAUGCGGGAUUGGACUGCGCACUCUGCUGGAGAAUUUUCUGAGAGGAAACUUAUUCCUCAGAAAGACAUUUGAAGUAAGCUUCAGGAUGGUGAAAAAAGAGCCCCCGAGUAUCUCAAAGGACUUUGAAGAGUUACAGAGGAAGUUGUUUUUGCUGGCGGAGUCCAUCAAGAAUAACUCAAAGGUGGUGUCCUUCAUGAAGUCUCCAGUGGCUCAGUACUUGGACAGUCAUCCUUUCCUGACACUCACCUUGCUAGUAUUCAUUGUUAUGUCAGCCCUUCCUGUUGGGUUCUUCCUCUUCUUCGUGGUGUUGACCUUCUUAGCUGCUCUUGUGGGAGUCAUAUUACUGGAAGGACUGGUCAUCUCCGUGGGUGGCCUCUCACUGCUCUGUGUCCUCUGUGGCUUGGGCUUCGUGUCGUUCAUUGUGUCAGGGGCAGCCAUAAUGUCCUACGUGAUGAUUUCCAGCCUCAUUGGGUUCUGGUUUUCUCCCAGGUAAAUAUAUGUCAAUGAAAUACUUUAUCAUAAUUUUCAAACUAUUUAUUUUAUUUGUUUGUAAAAUAGUGAAACGAACAGACAAGAGAUCUCCUGUCCACCACUUUCUUCCCUAAAUGUCCAACCAGAGCUGGCCCAGGCUCAAGUUGGGAGCCAGAAACAAGCUAGGUAUCCUACGUGAUUAGCAGGGACCCAAGAACUUGGUGUUACUUGCUGCCUUCUUGGGCAUAUGUAAGUAAGAAGCUGGAGUCCAGAGCAGAGCCAGGAUUUGAACCAAGGCACUCUGAUAAAAGAGA